ACUAAAAAAAAAAAAGUCCACGCGGAGAAUCCGACGUCUCCUCCAGUUUCCUCUUUCCUGCCGAGACAACUCCAGCUUUUCUGCAUCUGCUCCUCGUCCACGGACGUACACCCGACUGACAACGUUACCAAGGUCCCGUACACGCGCGGCCGUCCACUGGAUCGGUUCUACGGGAGUCGGACCCGCCGGCGAAGCUUCCUCCUCUGUUGAGUAAAGCAUAAACAAGCUCGCCGUUUCGGCGACACCAGAGUAAACGUUGCGCCGACGACACCACCAAAACCAAGACACCCGCUGAAGUGAACCAAUCCACUCCCACACAUCACAUCACCAAACCCCACGGCGCACGCAGGCGAAGACAUGCGCGCCCAGAUGCCGGAGAGGAGUAAGAGCCGGCCUCGGCUUGCCGGCGUCCGGGUGGGGCGGUCGCCGCUGCCGCCGGCGGCGUCCCACCGCCGCAGGAGUGGGAGCGGGAGCGGCGCCUGGAGGCUUCGGACGGCCGUGCGCCCGGCGCAGAAGUCGUCGCGGUCGCGGACGCGGCGGGAGGGGAAGGGUAGGGCCCUCGCGCGCUCCGCGUCCGAGCCGGCGCUCUGGUUCGGCGCGUCCGUGCAUGCCGUGCCAGAUGGGCUCUCGAUCUCCCCGCCAUCCCCGCCGCCGCCGCCGCUCGAUCGGCCGCACACCUGCUUCGACGUCUUCGCCCCGGACUCGCCCUUCGACCGCUCCCCCUCCACCGCCUCCCUCAUCAAGUCCAACCCCCGGGAGGAGGCGAAGGUGGUGGUGAGCGUGACGGUGGAGGGGAGCGUCGGGCCGGUGAAGGCGAUGGUGUGGCUGGGCGCUAGCGUCGGAGAGGCCAUUGCGGCGGUGGUGGAGAGGUACGCCAGGGAGGGGAGGACCCCGCGCCUGGACCCGGCCGCGGCAGAGGGUUUCCAGCUCCACCACUCCCACUUCUGCCUUCAGAGUCUGAACAAAAAUGACAAAAUUGGAGAUGUGGGAGGUAGAAGUUUCUACCUACAUAAGAAUGAUGGAACUAAUGGGGUUUACCUCCAGAGCGAAGAACCUGAUGUAAAUUCAAGUGGUAGUGAAAUGACACGUAGCUAUGAAGGGCAACUAACCGGGUCUCCAUAUCACUGUCAGGUCUUCACCAUUGUCAUCAAGAAGCUGGAUAAAAUUGGCAGGCGGACGAAAAGGAUCUGGAGGUUCAUCACCUGCGAUAACUGUUCAUGACGAAUUGACAUGGAUCUGUGGAUGGUGUGAUACACGUCCAAGUAUGGUAUAAUCCUAGUAGUAGUUAACCAGAGUACGGUGUGCCGGCGUGGUACACAUCCAUUAAUGCUUAGCGAUUAUUCCCAUUAGGGGUGUGAAGUCAAGUUAUAAUUUUACUUUUCACCAUGCACUGUAGUGUGAAAUUUGGAUCAUCCGUCUGUGAUCCAACAGCCCACAAAGAUUUGAAGUCACCUGACUUCUGGUGAAGUCAGGAGAUCUCAGUCCAGGUACAUAGAUCUUUCUUCAGAAUUAACCGUGGAAAAAAUCAUAGCUAAGCCAUAGUAAAGAUUUCCAGCAGUAACUUCCUGAAUAAUGUCAGCUACUUUUAUUAACAGCUGACGAUGUAUCUGUGGGUUGUGACUUGUGAGAAAUAUAUUGACUUCCAGAUGUCAGCUUAUUUUCAUCGACAGCUGACGAUGUAUCUGUGGGUUACCUGAAGUGUAACUUGAACAUAAAAGAGGAUAAUGCUUAACAGUUUGGCAUCUGUUUUUA